CAAAAAUAUUGGCAACAGCAUGUUUACUGAAGAUUUUUAUAGAUAUUCUGUGUUACCUACACAUAAUGUUACCUAUGCCAGGGUAAGAUGGUAUCAACACAAAAAGCUGUCUCUUCUAGUAGUUAUACUCAUCUCACCUGUUGUUCUGUUUUUUAUACUGUAUGGAAUACUCUUUGGAUUUCACAGAAAUAUAGUUUAUCCAAAAACUGCUACUAAAGUAUUUCCGGAGAAUUUUUAUAGAGCAAGUGUAUACACUAGGAGCGCUUUAACUAACAAAAGUCUGGAAAACAUCCCUCAAUUUAGGGAUCAUAGGAAAUUGCCUGUUAAAAAAUUCAAACUAGUCUGUUAUUAUGCAUUGCCCACUAAUGAUCAAGAAGUACUUAAAGUUGAAGAUCUGGACCCACAUCUCUGUACCCACAUUAAUGCUGCAUUUGGCAAAGUUGUUAACAAGACCCUACAUAUGACUGAACCAUUCACAAGUUCCUUAAAGAAGUUGGUGAAAUUGAAAGAGGUUAAUAAAGACCUGAAGGUGCUUAUAAGUGUAGGAGGUGCAGGUAAUCAAGACAAUGGAUUUCCAGAGAUGGUUUUAAAUCACAGUAAUAGAAAAAUAUUUAUAAAAUCAGUCAAUAAUGCAAUAAAAACUUAUAAACUUGACGGUAUAGAUUUGGAUUGGGAAUUUCCGAAUUUGGACACACCUGAUAGAUUUCAAAGAAUGCAUUUUACUCAACUAUUGGAAGAAUUUCGGAAAAGCAUAACCAAACAAUCAACUCCUUACCUUCUGACAGUGGCUGUAGCUGCACCUAUGACCUUGAUUAGUCAAUGCUAUGAUGUUUCAUACAUGAAUGAUUACGUGGAUUUUAUAAACGUCAUGUCAUAUGAUUACCAUUUCUAUUCAAAAUGGACUCCGUUCACCGGCUUCAACAGCCCCUUGUACGCUUCUGACGACGAAGUGUUUUUCUUUGGCACAAUGAACGUGAAUUACUCAGCAAAUUAUUGGAACCAAUUGGGAAUGGACCGUGCCAAAAUCAUCGUGGGACUUCCGACGUACGGACACACGUUUAAGUUAGCAAACGUCAAAAACAACGGACUAUAUGCACCAGCCUUGGGAUACGGAAGGCUCGGUAGCCUAGGUUUCGUCGACUACUUCGACAUCUGCAAAUUCCUAUCAACCAACCAGAUCUCCCCCGUCUUCGACAUGGAAGUGAAAAGUCCAUACGCGUCUAAGUUUUAUGAAUGGGUUUCAUUCGAGAACACUCAAAGUCUGACGUACAAGGCGGAAUACAUCAGAGAUCAGCAAUUUGGAGGUGCUAUGGUGUGGAGUCUAAAUUCGGACGAUUACAAGCUCAGUUGCCAGAUGGAGGGUAGGGAAGAGGGUAAGUUUCCGCUGAUUAAGAGCAUUAAAAGUGCGUUGUUUAGUCCUAGAUAGUAAACUUUUUAUUUAGGUUAAAUUUUUGUAAGGUUGUAGAAAUUGUACGAAUGCUGAUACAUAUUUUUCUUACUCUACCUGUUUUUCCACGCCGAGAAAAUCAUUGCAAUAGUAUAUCAGUAUGAAAACUACUUAAAAUGUAUACGGCAAAAUUUAAAAUAAAGCCAAUUCGUA